AGUGCCGCUGCUUCACUGUGUCACCGGCCGGCGCUGCACCCACACACUGAGGGAGACACAGACACAGACAGACGGAGGGAUGGAGAAGCCGCAGUUGCGCCUCGUUGUCCUCGUUGUCCUCGCUGCUUGCUGGCCGGCCGUGUCGCCCUUACCCAGUGGAGCCCCUCUGGGCAGCUGCGGGAGCAUGGCCCCCAGACACAAUGGGGUGACCCCUCAGACAGGACCAUCUCCCUACUCCAUCAUGGUCAAAAAUUACACCGACAAAGUGGAAGUGACAGUAAUGGGCUCAUCCUACAGAGGCAUCCUAUUGGAAGCACGUUAUCCAAAUCAAAUGGAUGCAAUUGGCACAUGGGCACAACCACCAAAUAAUACGAAAAAAAUAGCGUGUUUCAACAAGAUGGAUAGUGCGAUUACUCAUUCAAAUACCUAUGUGAAAGCCAACGUCACUUACACCUGGAUUUCACCUUGUUCAAAGAAUGAUACUAUUAUAUUUCUAGCAACUGUUGCCGAAAACCGAGAAAUUUAUUGGGUAAAACUGGCUUCUGAUCCUGUCCGUGUAAUGUGUUCUGGUUCUGCGAUAAACCUCCAUGGAUUUGCUGCCCUUGUCAUGCUCAUGAUUUCAGCGGUAGCUGUGCUCUAAGCAGCAACAUCACGUUCUGUAAACUUCAUUUGAGUUUUUUAUUGUUGUUGUUUAAAAUUGGAUUGCAUUCUGCAAACAAUUACAUACAUAAAGGCCAAUUGUCAAAUCAGUUCUCAGGCAUCAACGUUUGACCCCAUUUCUACUGAGAGUUGAUGGUGUAGAAAUUAUCAGCUCAAUGACUGAGUUGUGGAUUUAUGGGUGCAGUGGAGGACUUCAAUGAGGUCGUAGUAAUUUGCAAGCAGAUGAAGUUAACUGCUUAUUUUAAAAAAAGGUAUUCUGCUCUAUUUUGACUCCUUGUUAAUGGAAUGCACUGGAGAAUGUUGUACUACAAGAAACUAGCAAACAGAAUUAAACUUAUCACUCAGGUUUCAA